AUGGACAAUCACAAUGUAUUUAAUGGCACUUCUCCAUGGACUCUGGGAACAAACCUCCAGUGGGUGCUAGAAUACCCGUUGAACCAAUUCAAAGCGGCCAUGAUGACUCGGCUCUCCCCCUGGGGCAUGUUUGGGGCCGUUUCCGCGGCCCUGGCAAGUCAGGAUGCAUUCCAGACCAGAUGUUCCGGCUUUGCACAUCAUAUCGAUCUGCCAAACGUCAGCGUCCACUUUGCCGAGUACGUUGCUGGCGGGACGAAUCUGUCUCUGCCAGAAAAUGCGGCCAGCUGCGCUGCGCCAUACCAAGCAGUAUCUGUGGACGUGUGUCGUGUGGCCAUGACCGUCUCCACAUCAAACAGCAGCGAGAUCUCACUUGAGGCUUGGUUUCCACGCGAUUAUAAAGGUCGCUUUUUAAGCACAGGAAACGGUGGACUCUCGGGUUGCAUCCAAUACUACGAUCUGGCGUACACUGCACAGCUGGGCUUUGCCACAGUCGGGGCCAACAACGGACACAAUGGUACCUCCGGAGCACCGUUCUUGAAUAACCCUGAUGUGCUAGAGGACUUUGUUCAUCGCUCGGUUCACACCGGCGUGGUGAUUGGCAAAGAGCUCACGAAGCAAUUCUACAAGGAAGGUUACAGUAAAAGCUAUUACCUCGGAUGUUCCACGGGAGGCCGCCAGGGAUUUAAAUCCAUUCAAAAAUAUCCAGAUGAUUUUGAUGGUGUGGUUGCUGGAGCGCCUGCGAUCAACAUGAUCGGUCUCUUUUCUUGGAGUGCCCACUUCUACACGAUCCUCGGCCCCCAAGGCUCCGACACAUAUCUCUCACCUGCGGAGUGGAAAGUCGUUCACGAGGAAAUUCUCCGACAGUGCGACGCUCUUGACGGCGCGAAGGAUGGAAUCAUUGAGGACACUGAUCUGUGUCAGCCAAUUCUGACCACCCUGAUCUGCGCUCCCGGCUCGAAGAAUAAGACUCCUUGUCUCUCUGCUUCCCAAGUCCACGCUGCUCAGCAAGUCUUCGCGCCUGUCUAUGGGCUGAAUGGGACUCGGUUGUACCCACGUAUGCAACCCGGCUCCGAAGAGUUUGCAGCACCGAUCAUAUAUAAUGGCCAGCCUUUCCCGUACAGCACCGAUUGGUUGAAAUACGUGGUCUACAAUGAUUCUUCCUGGGAGGGUAAGGACUGGACAAUGCAGGACGCUGCGGUUGCAAUGGCCCAAAACCCUUUUAAUAUUCAGACCUGGGAAGGCGAUAUCUCUCCGUUCAAGAAAGCCGGUGGCAAAGUCUUGCACUAUCACGGCAUGCAGGACCAGCUGAUUAGCUCUGACGACUCCAAGUGGUAUUAUGCUCACGUUGCGAAUACUAUGGGCUUGCCUCCAUCUAGCUUGGACGAAUUUUAUCGCUUCUUCCCCAUCAGUGGCAUGGCCCACUGCGGCGGUGGGGACGGUGCGUACGGCAUUGGCCAGGGGCUGCGGACGUAUGCUGGCACAGAUCCGCAGGAUAACGUCCUGAUGGCUAUGGUCCAGUGGGUGGAGGAAGGGAAGGCUCCAGAAACCUUACGGGGUGCAAAAUUCGUCAAUGGGCCUGGCUCAGAGGUCGAGUACCGCCGCAGACACUGUCGCUACCCAAAGCGGAAUGUUUUCGUGGGCCCUGGCCACUAUACUGAUGAAAAUGCUUGGAAGUGUGUGUAG